GUCCUCACAAUACAGAAAUACCAGGUAUUUUUGAAAUCGUAGAACCGGAAUCUAUGCCUGCAAAAAAAAAGACCGGAAAAUAUUCAGUCUUCAACGUUUUCUGACGCUUUUAUUAAACUGUUUUUUGGUUUAGACAUAGAAUAUUUCUUUAUCUAAAAUCACGAAAACGGGUAUUUUGUAGGUUAGGGGUCGACCUUCUCCCUUUAUUCAAUAAACUGUAAAAGCCCUUACCAUUAAACAGACAAGGAUGGCGUCAUCCAAAAGUUCGGAAAGUACUUACUUUUUCGAGAAAAUUAAAUUUCUGAAAAUAGUCUUACAGUUUAAUAAUGUGCAAAUAGGACGAUAAAAAAAGUAUUUUCGGGUGAUUUAUGGAGGAGGAAGUAUUGUUUUUAAAUGUUGAUCCUGGAAAAAUUCAAUGGUUCCUGACCGCAGCGCGUUUGUGGACGAUUCGAGUUUGAGGUGCUUUUGGCCUGGCGUAUGUGUAAAGGGCAGCUGCGAUUAAACCAUACUUUUCGUGAUUAGAGGUGAUAAAAAAGGGUGGAAAACCCGGGACACUGGAUACGCGGUUCCUUGAAGUGGAGAAAAUCACCAGCAACCGGGGGAAUCAUCAAGAGAUAAGCAAAUUUGUAAUUACAAAACUACGAUACGUGAACGCAGUCUGAUUUUAGAAUUCUCCUGCUUCUAAUUUCGAAAUUCAACCAAAUUCGGACACAAAAGACUCAAAAUUAACAUUUAUUGGAAGAAUUUGGCAAGAAGCAGGCACCUAAAGUUGAUUAUUAGAGAAAAUAGCCCACAGAACAAAUCUUCAUGUAUGAUAUUUUGAGGUUAUGUUUUUUCCUACUUUACGAUCUCUUGUUCUAGUUGUCAAAAAUCUGCUUUAAAAGAACAAAAAAAGGGAUUAAGGGGCAUUUUUAAGCCUGAAGAAACCAGAUUUUUGUAUUCGUGAGAAUUUUCGAGAGUUGGUGUAAUUUUCGAGAUCAUAAGACUAUUUUUCAAUGUUCUUGAUUUUGUUUAUUUUUCGUUGAAUGAGUGUUUUCGUGUAGGCAGAGCAUCUUUAAAUGUGUUUCCAAUACGAAAUUGUUUAAAAGAAUCUUCCUACUGAGGCAGAAAAUCCAAUGCUAUUUUCAUCAAUACUAGUUAAUUACGAGUUUGCUAGUUUUGGAAGAUAAGAAGUAAGUUUUUUUAUACAUUUUCGGACAGUCGAUUUUUAAUUUUGACGUGAAUGGAUGAUGCUCGGAGGCAAUGAACGGUAUGGAGAGACAUGGACAUGGACACGGGCAUUCGCACUCAUCGCAUUCACACCAUCACCACCACCACCAUCAUUCCCAUCAUUCCCAUGGCAAUUCACAAAGUUCGUCGCAGAACUCAAGUCAGUCCUCGAAGCACAGCCACGGGCAAGUACCACAUGCCCCGAAGGAAAUUCCGCCCUCACAACCGGCGCCGAAGCCCCGAAAUUACAAAUUACUCGUUGACCCCUUCCUCGUAAAAGGAGCCGCCAAACUGUACAGAUAUGAUGGAGUCGUGCCUGGGGAUCCUACACAACCCUUGGUUCAACCUCGAGACCCGAGAUCCCAAUUAACGAGGAUUUGGACUCGACUUGAGCAACUAGACCUCCCAGUUCCAAGAUUCAAAAUCGAUCAAAACUAUUGCGGCGAACCUCCUCCUCUUGAAGUUACCUUUUGUCAUCUAAACGACAACAUAGACAGAACUUUCUUAUCAGACAUGGUCCACAAGUUUGGCACCAUCGAAGAACUAACAAUUUACUACCAUCCAAUGACGAAUAAACACCUGGGGAUUGCGAGAGUUGUGUUCGAGAGCACGAAGGCUUCCAAAGCCUGUGUUGAGAAAUUAAACAACACCUCGGUCAUGGGAAAAGUGCUGCGAGUUUUUCUCGAUGCCUUCGGGGAAGAGUGUAAGAAGCUCUACGACGAGAUGACAAUCGAGAAAAAGGUCGAGAAGAAGGUGGAAGUCAAAGAAGUGAAGGUAGAGCCUGACCCGGAAAAACCCGCGCCAGUUGUUGAGAAGAUUCCUCCAGUUCCUGAAGAGAGGGAAGAUUUCAGGGCCAAGAAACCAAUUCCGGUGGUUGAGAAACCUAGAGAUGUUUAUAUUGACAAUUCUAGGUAUGUGAAGUACCGGGACUAUCCGACUCCUAGCGGGAGUACUAGCAGUGAUUUAGGAUACGGAACGACGCCGAGUGAACUGAAUUAUUCUAGCAGUUUCUCCCAGAAUUCUACGCCAGCGACAAAUUAUGAUUAUUUUUAUGGUGGAUAUCAUCAUCCGCCGCCGAAUAGUUUUUUGCCAAGUGUACCUCAAGGUAUCUCGCCGAGUUUACCGAUUCAGAAUUCCAAUAUGUGGUGGAAUCCCAGCUCGGCCACGCCGGGAUAUCCGCCUCCUGUUUGGACUGCACAGCAUCCUCCGAGUUUAGAGAGUCCAAGUGUUAUGCAUGUGAACAAACCGUCGACUCCUAAAGUUCAGCAUUAUACGCCUAAGAAGGAGAAGGAAGUUCAGUUUACGCCAAAAACUACACCUAGGGACUCGCCUGUCGAGACUCGAAAGACCUUGGAUUUGGAUACGAGAAUUGCGAUGCUUUUGAAGGACAAGGCUGGUGGAAUGGCUCCUCCGUUUUUACAGUUUGGAAGUGAUUCUGAGGAUGAUAGGAAGUCGCUGGCUGAGGAGGAGUUGCUUUCGAUACCUCCAAGUCCAUUUCUUUCGGCUGAAAUUUACAAAGCGUGUCAUGAAAAGAUGAUGGAAAAGAAUAAGGAGAGGAGGAAAGUUAGGGAAAAUAAUAUCAAUCCAUUUCCGGUCGAUGAGGACUUGGGGAGCCUUAUAAGUUCAAGUGAGGAUGAAGCGUUGCUGGGAAGUUAUAGUCCUGCAGUCGAUGAUAAUGAUGAGGACCUACCAAAGGAAUCUCAGCAACCUCCUCUCGAUGAUGAUCGGAUGUCUCUGAGUCCUUUGAGUUCGGGUGACGAGAAGAUUGAGGAGAUCGGAUUUCAGGUGAUAGCGCAUAGCCAGCCGGUGAAUCAGUUGUAUCCUGGAGCAGGUUAUCCUGGUGCACUGACACAUCCUCAUUAUCCACAUCUCGCGAACGACAUGUACAAUUGGCCUCGACCUGCGCAAUAUCCGUAUCCAUACGGAGCACCGUACCUGCCCAACAAUUACCAAGCCCCCAACAAUUCCUUCCAAGGGGGAAUGCAUUCUAAUGCCCAAGGUGCGAGUUACUAUCCGUCGUUGCAGUCUAGACUACAAGCUAUGACCAACCUCAAUAGUUACAAAGAUAAUCCUCAGGGUCCGACGAUAAACGGAGUUCUCAACAAGGUUGUUAACGAACUGAAGCAGAUCCUAAAGAAAGAUUUCAACAAGAAGAUGAUAGAAAACACAGCCUUCAAGUUAUUCGAGGAUUGGUGGGAUGAGAAGAAGAGAGAGAAGAUAGAUAAGAGCGAAACCGUCCUCGGUGAAAUUGUUCCCAAUAACGUCGUUAAGGAAGAAAGUCACAAGCCGCAAGGUCUUUCAACUCUUUUCGAACAAGCAACGCCGCUUGGAUUCAAUCACGAUGGAUUCGGAUUGGGCAUUCGCGCCAGCAUGCCGAAAAUGCCAUCGUUCAGGCGUAAAAUCAAGGCCCCGAGUCCAGUUCCUCAAGACGAAGAUAGUCGUCAAUCGGAUCAUCUUGGUACCGAAUUAAUCGACAGUGAUAGUGAUUUGGAUUUGCCAGUUGUGCCAAAAACGAAAAGGCCGCUCGAAAGUCUUCCCAGUGUGUCUUCAUCCUCGUCUUCGUCUGCUGCUAGUUCCAGUGAUGACACCAGCAGCAGUGAUUCUUCUAGCGAAAGUACUGACGAAGAGGAAUUCGAGAGUCGCUACGAUCCUCGGCCUCUCGCCGCCAACAGCCAAGAUCCAGAAAUCCUGACGGAACUUGCAAUCCUGAGAUCACUCGAGUGUCGAACUCCAACUGGUAGAAAUACUCCCCUACCAGAUUACAUUAUCGAAGAUCCAGACGAGUUCCCACAAAUCUGUAACGAUGCUAGUCCAGUCUCUUCUCCGGCGUAUCCGUCUGAAACCAAAGAAGAAGAAGAAGAAGAAGAAGAAGAAGAAGAAAAAGAACGCGAGGAGAUUGCGGGAAGCGAGGCCAGAAUUGAAAGGCUGAAGACGCCGGAGAGCAAGUUCAGGGUUGCGGAGACUGCCUCGGCAAAUAUCGAGGACUUGUCGAUGGUUCCUGUGAAGGAGGAAGCGCGCGAUAUGCAGAAUAUGGAAAGUUCUGCUGCGGAGGCGCUCAUGAGCUUGGCGGGUGGUCAAGACAACAUCAUCAGCCCCAAGAGUCCAGGUCUCGUUCAGCCCAAUAUCAUCAGGACUCUGGAGAGCAUGUCGAACAAGUACAUAAACGACGAACCGAUCCUGCAAGAUUCGGAGAAAAUAGAAAUGUUCAGCGAGGUGCCGUCCACGGAUUCGGAAGAAGAGAGCCUGGAAGUUAGGAGAUUGAGGUACCAAGCGGAAGCGGAUCUUCGGCUGAAUGGCCAACGGAGUCCAGAGCUUCCGAAAACGCCUCAAGUUUUCGUCGAGCAUUCCUACUCUCUGCCUCCUGCGAAACCAGAAGACGCCAAGUCACAAUCUGCGGAAGAAACUCCCAUGGAUGUUGUUCCUCCGGCUGUUGUGCCGGUCGUUCCAGUGAUUACCUCGCUGGUGAAGACGAGGCCGGCGAAACCAGAGAAGUUGGACAAGCGGAAAGAGAAGGCGGAGAAGGCGCAGAAGAGAAAGAAUAAUAAGAUCUCGAAACUGCAUGUACAGAAUCAUGAGCGGGAGAAGGAAAAUAUCAUCAAGAAGGAGAAUAUUCUGCAGAAUGAGUACGUUUUGGAGAUUCCGAAGCAACCGGUCACCUAUAAGGAGAGGGAUCUAAUGUCGGAAAUGGGCAUUUUAUAUGAGUUCUUGACGCGAGGAAUAGACGCGGAGGAUGUGGAAUAUUUGAGGAGGAGUUAUGAGGCCUUGUUGGCUGAUGAUACUCAGGGCUACUGGCUCAAUGAUACGCAUUGGGUUGAUCAUCCGCCUACUGACGUACCUAGUCCUGCGAAGAGGAGAAAAAGAGACGAACUCAGGUUACAUGCGACUGGCUGUGCGAGAACGGAAGGGUACUACAAAGUGGAUAUUGGAGAAAAGGCGAAACAUAAACACCAUUACGCACAGAGUAUACAGCGUAGUAAUGAAGUGGAAGAAAGUGGCGAUCCGUAUUCAGGAGCAGAUGGAAUUGCGAAUGGUCCUAAAGCACUGGCAAAAGCUCUUACUGGAAAAAUGCAGGCCUUAUCGAGAGAAGCUAGGAGUAAUCAACGUCGUUUGCUUACAGCUUUCGGUAUCGACACUGACAGUGAUCUUCUCAAGUUUAAUCAGCUGAAGUUCCGAAAGAAGCAACUCAAGUUCGCCAAGUCGGGAAUCCACGACUGGGGCUUGUUUGCGAUGGAACCGAUCGCAGCCGAUGAAAUGGUGAUAGAAUAUGUCGGCCAGAUGGUGAGGCCAGUGGUAGCGGAUUUGAGGGAGACUCAGUACGAAGCGACGGGAAUCGGAAGUUCGUACCUUUUCAGAAUCGAUCUGGAGACGAUUAUCGAUGCGACCAAGUGUGGAAAUCUCGCACGGUUUAUUAACCACAGCUGUAACCCGAAUUGUUAUGCAAAAGUUAUUACCAUCGAGAGUCAGAAGAAGAUAGUUAUAUACAGCAAGCAGCCGAUCGGGGUCAACGAGGAAAUCACCUACGAUUACAAAUUUCCUUUGGAAGACGACAAAAUCCCCUGUCUCUGUGGAGCUCCUCAGUGUCGGGGUACUCUCAAUUAAAGUGUUCGUCAAGCUUCACCGUUCAUUUCAUUUUCUUAUAUUACAUUUCAUCGUACCCUGCUCAUAUUUUUGUAAAUAAAACCCCGUGUAAACAUUUUAUAAAAAUG